AACUGUCACGUUUUUGACUUGAGGCUUUAGGUGCCUCAUCCCUAUAGUCUAAUUCAUCCUUUUUUUAACUCAACUGCCACGUCUUUGACUUGAGGCUUUAGGUGACUCGCCCUUAUAGCCUAAUUCAUCCUUUCAAUGAAUGAAUCAUUGAAACAUGUAGCGUGCUAUCUUAUCUCAAAAAAAAAAUUCUUGACCAAGACAAGGAAGAUCUUGGCGAAGAUCUAAUUGGGAGUCAACUGCAUUUAGGUUGAACUUUAUUUUAAUCUUUCCGUAAUUUAGUAAAAUUAAUUUUUUGAAACUUAAGACCAAAGCAGUUUUUAAUACAAAUAUAGAGAUAUAAAUUUGGGUAAUUAAGUUUUAGGUAUUGGGAUCAGAUUGGUAAAUUACGAGAGCGCCCCUGUUUGUCGUAACAGGCUUAUGGGGGCGGGUGCCCCUCUCGCAGAAUGCGAGCUGUUACCGCUCAUCACAUCCCGUUUACUGCCUGAAGGAUCAUGGGGUGUCAAUAAGACCCCAGUGGCAAUUUUAUAUCACCCUCCCUCCCCAUCCCCAUGUUAUGCAUCCGAUGUGGGACUAAUGUCCUUGUAUUUUGGCCAGUUUCCAAAUUUGUCCUCGUUGUUUUUGCGUUUUUGCGAAAAAAAACCUUUACAACGGUCACCGAUGCGCUUUUAUCAUGCGGGAGAGGCUCACAAACCUCCUACGUAACUGCGGCGGCGCCGCCGCCGAGCUCCGGGCCGGAAUGCAAGCUCACGCGCACGCCAUAACCUGCGGCCUCCUCCCCCACGCGACGCUCGAGACCGAUCUCCUCCUCAUGUACUCGCGCUGCUCGUGUAUGAACUACGCCCGCCGAGUGUUCGACCGAAUGCCCCAACGAAACAUGCACUCUUGGAACAUCCUCUUCUGCGGCUACGCCCGCCGCUCCCUCUUUUACACGGCGCUUAGCCUCUUCCCCCGCUUCCUCGCCUCCGGCCUCCUCCCCGAUCGCUUCACGUUCCCGCCUCUUCUCAAGUCCUGCGGCGGAGUUGCCGAUUCCACCCUCGGAAUGGUCCUCCAUUGUUGGGUCAUUCAUCUGGGCCUCGAAGAGCAUGUUGUGGUUCAGGGUUCGGUUUUGGACAUGUAUGCCAAAUGCGGGUGCUUGGACCAGGCGCUCCGGGUGUUUGAAUCAAUACCCAGAAGAGAUACUGUGAUUUGGAAUACCAUGAUUGCGGGGUUUGCUAGAGCCGGGUGUUCACUCGAAGCAUUGGGUCUUUUCCGCCGGUUGCAAUGGGAGGGAGGGGCCGUGGAUUCGAUGUCUAUACCGAGCAUUCUAAACGCCUGCAGUAGGGAAGGAGACUUGAUGAAAGGGAAGGAAGUUCACGGGAGAGUGAUCCGGUGCGUAGUGUUCGAUUGGGAUGUUCCUGUUGGGAAUUCAUUGAUCGACAUGUACGCCAAGUGCGGCUGCUUGGAUGAUUCAAAUAAGGUUUUCUUAAGCAUGAGCAAUCGGAACAUCGUAACGUGGUCCACUAUGAUAUCUUGUUAUGGAGCUCAUGGCAAGGGCGAAGAGUCGCUGCGCCUGUAUAAGGAGAUGAUAUCGGAAGGGGUAGUGCCAAAUGGUGUUACGUUUACAUCUGUCUUAUCAAGCUGUAGCCACUCCGGCCUCAUUGAAGAGGGUCGAAGGAUCUUUGAGUCGAUAAGUAGAAUUCACGAUGCCGUGCCGAGUAUCGAGCAGUACGCUUGUAUGGUGGAUCUCUUGGGUCGAUGUGGUAGCAUUAAGGAAGCUCUGCAGCUGAUAAGUAGCAUGCCAAUGGAACCUUCAGGCUGCGUUUGGGGGGCGUUGCUCGGCGCCUGCGCUGUUCAUAAGAAUGUGGAGGUCGGUGAGAUUGCCGCACAAAGGCUUUUCAAAUUGGAGAAGGGGAAUCCGAGCAACUACGUGGCUCUUUGCGGUAUAUACGAAGCGGUUGGUGAUUCGGAAGGCGUAGCGGAGGUGAGAUCAAGGAUGAGGGAGCUGGGGAUGGUGAAGAUGCCAGGGUGUAGUUGCAUCGAGGUGAGAGGGCGCUUGCAUGCUUUUUACCAAGGGCAUGUUUCUCAUCAUUUGGCAAAGAAUAUUCAUGAGGUGUUAGAUGGAUUGGUUGAGGAGAUGGUGACUUUAGAAGGUGAUUAUGGGUGAGGAGGAUUUGCCUUGCUGUUGAUGUAUGG